AAGAAGAAGGAGGGAGGUACCACUUUGUCACAGGCUGCUAUGUAGAUUAACCUUUCAAUUAGUUGUUAUCGGGUCCUCUCUGUCUCAACGCGAGCCUUCAGUGUAUCGUUUAGAGAUAAAAACGUACAAGGAAACCCCCUAUGGAUGUGCGGCUGUGAGUGUUUAUGUGAUUAUAUCCGAUCGUCGUUUCCGUCACCCUGAUAAUGAAGAAGAGGACCCUGUCUGAGAAAAAACUUGAGGAAUUGUGUGAUGUCAUUUGAAGGAAUUGUGUUCCAGGUCAUUUGGUAACGGUCCCAACCUUCAAGGAAUUUACUAUCCGGCUACUUUCAUCUUCUUUUGUGAGGUUACAUGUGAGCUACUACCUUGGAUGAGGAUUUACUGCAGGAUUGUAUGUAUUGACGCUGAGGUGGAACAUUACUUUUUUGACCUUCUCAAGAUGUGUUGGAUGUACCAAAUGUUUCACAACAAGAAGGGGGAAUCUCUAUGGAUAAUUUUUUCCUGAAACUCAUCGAUUUUAAACCAUGGUGAAACUUACCAACCCUCUGUAUACAGAGUGGAUUCUAGAAGCAAUACAGAAGAUCAAAAGGCAAAAGCAGAGGCCUUCCGAGGAGCGGAUAUGUCAUGCGGUGGCUACCUUGCACAGAUUGGACAAGCGGACCGUUCUGGAGCAGUUGGAGUUAAGUGUUCGCGAUGGAUCCAUUCUCAAAGUCACCAAUAAGGGGAACGUGUCGUACAAAGACCCCGAGCACCCUGGGAGAGGAUUAUCAUCAUCAUCAUCAUCAUCAACAACAUCAUCGCUCAAACCUGUAAGUGCAAACCUCUCUAUUCCAUCGUCUAAAGGAUCUAUAUGGAAGCCGAGUGACCUACGCCACGUUGAUUGGAAUAAAGUCUUGAGGAGGGCCAUCGAGGGUCUGGAUGAUACCCGUGGUUCCUCUCUGAAGAACAUCCAGAGGUACCUAAGGAACCAGGAUGAUCCAUCACACGUCCAGGACAACCCAGGGUUCCAGCAGAGGUUACGGCUGGCCGCUAAACGGGCGGUCAAAAACGGCCGGCUGGCAAAGGAUGGUCCGCGCUACAGGUUGAACCAGGGGGGUAAUGGAGCUGAGGGGAGGAGCCAGAGGUGUCCAGGUGCUUCCCCAUUGGCUCUUCCGUGUUUCACUCUUCUUCCACACGAGAGAGACCAGCUACGCGCUGACCCCAUCCCAAUAUGCAGUUUCUGUUUGGGAACGAAAGAGUCCAAUCGGGACAAGAGGUCAGAGGAGCUUCUGUCCUGUGCAGACUGUGGGAGCAGCGGGCACCCAUCUUGUUUGAAGUUUUCCCCAGAGCUGACCACUAAUGUGAAGAGAUUGCGAUGGCAAUGUAUAGAAUGCAAAACAUGUAGCUCCUGUCGAAUACAGGGCAAAAACGUUGACGAGAUGCUGUUCUGUGACUCCUGUGAUCGGGGGUUUCACAUGGAGUGCUGCGACCCGCCACUCUUAAGGAUGCCAACAGGUACCUGGGUCUGUCAGGUCUGCAGGCUCAAGGAAAAUGGAAAGACAUUUCUGCAUAAGAAAGCCGAUCAGAUCAAACGUCGAUAUGCAAAGCCAAUCGGGAGGCCCAGAAAUAAGCUCAAACAAAGAAUGUCUGUAAGCAGUGGUGAUGGCUCCAUGCUAGCCCGGGGAGGAAGGGGGUCACCUGGUAGGGGUCAAAAGCUUACCGUCUAUUCCACAUCUUCAUCUGGUCAUGCAGCAUCUGUGAAGGACGCCACAGACAGAUUGGCUGUUGCUACAGCAGACCCCUGUUGGGCAGGUGACGCUGUCACCCCCACCACCCAAUUCACCACCACCUCCUCCACCCUCUCCACCACUCCCCCCCUCACGCCCACCUCGUCCUCCUCCUCCACCCCAGCAGCUAUACUCACUGUUAACAAGAAAACCAAAGGGCUUAUCGAUGGGCUUUCCAAAUUCUUUACCCCCUCACCUGUCGGCCGCAGGUUGUCGCGAGCCGGCGAGAUCUUAGACUCCUCAACCUCGAAAGUGUCACAGUCUCGUUGUCCUGCUAGGAAAAAGCCUGUCCCUCUGCCAAAAUUAUCGAAACUCAGUCAAUCUCAGUCUGUUGUUGGCUUGGCGGCAAAGCUAACCACCACCACCCUAUCUCCCUGUACACUCCCCAUCUCUCCCCCACCCACGUUGCCUGGACAGGGCCCCACCACCUCCCAGGUCUUCUCCAGCUCCACCUCCGCUAACUCCCCCCAGAGCUCUUCCAGCCAGUCCAGCGUCCCGUCCCUCUCUAUUCUCUCUGAUCACAACCAACUUAAGGGACUCUUUGACGGACUCUCCCAUAUAUAUGCCACUCAGGGACAGUCUCGGAAAAAGGGACUGCCUAGCUAUGCGCCGCCUAAGCGCAGGCACCAUAAGGCAUCCAAAACGUGUCCUCUCAUUCCCCAUCCUUCCCAGCAGCACCUUGGAAAGAAAGAGAUGAUACGGAAUCGGUUGAUGUUGUUGUCCCAUUCCUCCCCUGCCUCCUCUUCCCAUCCUGGGCCCGGCCGGCCCACGGGGCGCCCGUUCAAGGUGGUCAGUCAUUUCAGACGUAACCCCUUUUUAAAAAAGCACAGGACGCUAGGCAGGCUAAGAUGUAGGAUGACCCCUCAGAAGGGAACCCAGGAAACACCAGGAAAGGGAGACAUGACAGACGAAGGAAGAGUUAAGGCAGAGCACGACCAUGGCAGUGAAGGGGGGCUGAGGGUGAAGCAGGAACCCGGCUUUGUAGCGGUCUCCAGGGAACACGUCACAGAGGAAGACGUGGAGAUAUUCUCACAGGUCCAAGAGCUCUCGUCGCAGAGAAAUGGAACCAUGACCAUCACUGACUCUGGACGAUACCCUGCAGUCAUCGAGUUUGGGAAGUAUGAAAUCCAAACCUGGUACUCUUCGCCUUACCCACCUGAAUACUCAAGGUUGCAAAAACUUUACCUGUGUGAGUUCUGUCUGAAGUACAUGAGGAGCAGGAACAUCCUAAAUCGACACACCAUGAAGUGUGGUUGCUUUCACCCUCCAGCCAAUGAGAUUUACAGGAAGGACGACCUUUCAGUGUUCGAGGUUGAUGGAAAUGUCAGCAAGCUCUUCUGCCAAAACCUCUGCCUGUUAGCCAAGCUGUUCCUAGAUCACAAGACCCUAUAUUACGACGUGGAGCCUUUCCUCUUUUACAUACUAACCAAGAACGACGACAAAGGCUGUCACCUUGUGGGUUACUUCUCCAAGGAAAAGCUUUGCCAGCAGAAGUACAAUGUCUCCUGUAUAAUGAUCAUGCCUCAGUACCAAAGGCAAGGCUUUGGAAGGUUCCUCAUUGAUUUCAGUUACCUUCUCACGAGGCAGGAAGGACAAGCUGGCUCCCCAGAGAAGCCUCUGUCAGAUCUGGGUCGCUUAUCCUACCUGGCAUAUUGGAAAAGUGUCAUGGUGGAGUACCUCUAUAAGCAUCCAGAUAAACACAUCAGCAUUAAAGGAAUAAGCAGAGCCACUGGGAUGUGUCCACAUGACAUUGCUGCUACUCUCCAGAACCUCCGCAUGAUUGACAGACAGGACGGCAGGUUUGUGGUGAUCCGAAGAGAGCGGUUGAUCCAGAGACACAUGGCGAAGCUGCGAGCCAGCCCCAGGCUGAACCAGGUCGACCGUGACGCCCUGUACUGGACCCCAGCUGUGGCCCUCAACUCUGUCCUGUCUGAGGAGGAGAGAGAGGCUGAGAUGGAUGCUGAGCGACUGAAGGAGCAGGCUAGUUGCUGGGAGAAGGAGGAGAGAGAGGUGGCCUACCUGAUGACUCAUCCUCGUCCUCCCACUAAGGUCUACAGUAAGAACCCCUACAGAACCCACCAGCGUCGCCACACCGCCGGAGAACAAGGCUUGCACGUCUCUGAGGAGCGUAGUGAGGAUGAUGAAGAUGAUUCUGAUUGGUCGCUGCCUAUCCUAACGAAUGCCCACGCCGUACUUGGAGUCAAGAGAAAGAGAGGGAGAGCUGAGAGAGCUCUGGUCCUCAAGAAGAGAGGUCAGGAGAGGAGAUGGAUAAGUAGCAGUGUGACAACCGAGACCAUCUCGGAGACGACUGAGGUUCUGAACGAACCAUUUGACAACUCUGAGGACGAGAGGUCCAUGCCCCUGCUGGAGAGGACCUGCAGGGUGGGAGAGACGGAGGAGGAGCUGAGGAAACCAGUAAAGAGAUGCAGAGGUCGUCCACGGCUGGAGAAAAACACGUACAGAGACAGCCGUGAACACUGGAACGAAGGGGCCGGUGUGCUAGUGAAGAAACCGGGCAGACCUCGAGCAGUAAAGCGCAAGAAGGGCUGGCCCAAAGGAGUGAAACGGGGGCCUCCAAAAUGGCGGCUGAAGAAGGAGAGGAAGAUGGGCUUCAAGCUGAACCUGUACACACCCCCGGAGACGCCGCUGGAGGCCGAGGAGCAGCACAUCCAGGCCGAGGAGCCCAAGGAGGAGCUGGACCAGGCCUCUCCCAUUAUGGAGGCAGGGUCAGAGCCCAGCAGAGGCUUGGCCAGUCGGGAGAUAGACAAGGAGCUAGCCUCGAAGCUCUCAGAGCCCCACAGUCCAAUAGAGGAAGAGCGCUCCCCUGGGGUGUCUCCAGUGGCUUCUCCCAUGGCCUGCUCUCUGGUAGCCUCCCCUGUGACCUCUAGAGCCAUCUCCCCCGUGACCUCUAGAGCCGUCUCCCCCGUGACCUCUAGAGCCGUCUCCCCCGUGACCUCUAGAGCCGUCUCCCCCGUGACCUCUAGAGCCGUCUCCCCCGUGACCUCGAGAGCCGUCUCCCCCGCGACCUCGAGAGCCGUCUCCCCCGCGACCUCGAGAGCCGUCUCCCCCGUGACCUCUAGAGCCGUCUCCCCCGCGACCUCGAGAGCCGUCUCCCCCGCGACCUCGAGAGCCGUCUCCCCCGCGACCUCGAGAGCCGUCUCCCCCGCGACCUCUAGAGCCGUCUCCCCCGUGACCUCUAGAGCCAGCUCCCCCGUUGGAUCCCCCAGUCGUGACAGCAGCCAGGAGACGCCAGAGCCACCAGAGGAUGACCCACAGGACAGGGAGCACGGGGCCUCUUCAUCCCCGUCUCUGUCUCCAUCCAAAGAGCUGGACAACAGCACUGAACGAUCAGCCGAGGAGGAGGAGGAGGCCACACACCUGGAUGCAGACGGUGAAGACGAGAGUCACGUUGAGUCGACAGCAGAGGCUGAGAAACACAGAGACAUGCAGCAGCUGGAGCCAGGGCCUUGUAAAGAGCCUCGUAAAACUGAGGCCUACACCACCCCGGCUUUUUUACAUCCAAACCGUGAGGAUUCUGAACAACGUCAGGAGGAGGAGUCUGUAGUUGUGGCCUAUAGACAUGAGGAGGAGCAGCCUGCCAACACUGCAGAAGAGAGAAGUGACCGUAUCCAGGAACGGGCACCAACAACCUCAGCAGUAGCAGUAGACUCUGACCACCCCAUUGACUCUGAGUCAGAGAGCAGCAGUCAGGAGGCUCCUCACCAGCCACCGCAGACAGAGAGGGCUAGAGAGAGGCUUGGAGUGCUGAGUCCUGCUGUCGUGCUAAGAGACGGAGAAGAGAUUGAUCCUCCGGUUUACCCUGAGUCUGACGUGGACCAGGAGACGGCACAGGCCGUACAGAGCCUCACCCAGGAGACGGAGCACGACCCAGAGACACUGAGGGAUAGCGCCAGCUCGGUGUUCCACCAGGACUAUAUGGAGAGAGAGACCCAGGAGGCGUGCCGGAGCCUGCAGACUUACACCCACCACGUGGCCCCACAGAGUCCCCCUCACACCCUAACUUCGCUGGACGAAGGCUGCCCCCAGUCGGACCACAGCAGCCCCCUGUCCUCGGCCCACUCCCACCCCAGCCAGUCGGUGCGCUCAGUCAGCAGCCCGGCUGUGUCCAUCCUGGAGAGUAGCGGAGGUAGCAGCAGUGGAGGAGGCUACACCCAGAUCAGUCCUGACCACGCCUCCAUCUCUGUCCCCUCCUCCCUCCACAACAUGGCAACCAGCCCCAUGAUGGACGUGCCAUCAGUGUCGGACCACUCGUCCCAGCAGGUUGUGGACAGUGGCUUCAGUGACCUGGGCUCCAUCGAGAGCACCACAGAGAACUACGAGAACCCCAGCUCCUACGACUCCACGCUGGGGGGCAGCAUCUGCGGCGGGGCCGGGGGUCCCUCUCAGAACAGCUGCUCCUACGGCCCCCUCCCCCCCAGCGGCCUGGCACAGAGCAGCUGUGCCGUCAGCCAGCAAAUGGCGGGCGUCAACCCUGGCAGCUGUGGCAUGAUUCAACAGAAUAGCCUGAGCUCCCCGCAGCACUGCAACGUCAAGUCACCACAGGGCUGUGUGGUGGUAGAGAGACCACCGAGUAACAGUCAACACAGUCACAGUCAACACAGUCACAGUCAACACAGUCACAGCCAUACAAUCACACACAAUCCCCACGGCCAUACUAGGCACACUAUCACUCCACACGGUCAACACAGCCAGCUAACGCAACACAGCCCGUACACACACCCGCACCCUGCACACAGCCAGCUGACGCAACACAGCCCGUACACACACCCGCACCCUGCACACAGCCAGCUAACGCAACACAGCCCGUACACACACCCGCACCCUGCACACAGCCAGCUACAUAGUGUACGUCAUAAUCAGCUCAGCCAGCACAGUCAACACACCCUUCACAGUCAACACGGCACCAGCCAGCACAGCCGCUGUCAGCAGCAGACCAUGCCACAGUGUGUCAUGCCCACCAACUUCACAGUACCCAUGCAGCUAGCCGACAGCCCAGAUUCAGGCAACGCCAACCUGAGCAGCUUCUACGAGAGGAUGAACCAGGAGGGCUAUAGCAGCGGUCAUUACUCCCAGCCCUCGGCCACCUUCAGCCUGGCCAAACUGCAGCAGCUGACCAACACCCUUAUGGACCACCCUCACUCUCUGCCUUUCAACCACUCCCACUCCCACCCCAUCACAUCCUAUACAAACAGUGCCUCCCUGUCAUCUCACUCUCAACACUCUGGCCUGGUGUCCCAGUCCCCCCACCCCGGAGGCCACCCCCACCCCCACGGGGUCUCUCCUCACCCUGGGGGCUCCCAGGUCCAGGUGCAGGCCACCAUGACCCCCCCUCCGCCUUCCUCCCACCCCCUUAGCUCCCCUCAGAUGAUGCUGCAGCGCAAUGACAUGGGCAUCCCCAACAUCACCCCCUCCCAGAGGACUCUACAGGCUCAAAUGGCCCCCGGGGGCCCCAAGGACCCCACACACAUCUCCAUGCGCUCCAAGUCAGCAGCCCCUGGUCACUCCCCCCACCAGCAGCAGAUGUACAGCCAUGCCCACGGGGCCCCCCAGACAGUCACCAUGCAGGCCCCCUCGUCCCGGACGCUGGCAGCCGUGCCCAGGGGCAUGAACUUGGGCACGGUCAACAUCAUGCCGGCCCCCUACAACCGCGCUGUGAACAUGCCCUCCGCCGCCGCCGCCAUCAACCACGCCAUGAACGGCUACCGCGUCACCACCCAGAGCGCCGCCAUGAUGGCGGCCAACGGUGGUUACCACGGCAACGGUCAUCAGAUGGCUGCGGCCUACAUGAACCAGUCACCCGGGGCCCAGUACGCCUCUAUGCAGAUUGGCAUGAUGGGAACACAGCCAUACACCCAGCAACCCAUGCAGGCUCCGCCCCACGGCAAUAUGAUGUACUCUUCAGGUGGUCACCAUGGAUACAUGACCAACACCGGACCCCUGUCCAAGCAGACACUCAAAGGGCCUUUCAUCAGACGGUAACCCACGGUUACUAACCUAACCGUUAACUAACAGUUAACGAAACGGUAUCUACCGUCAGACUGAAUCAAUCUGACUGGAUGUUUAAAUCACACAAAUGUGCAUUAUUAAUUAUUAUUACAAUUAGUCCCUGAUGCACACAUUUGGCCUUUUUGGUUGUUGAUAAUGUUUUUGUUUGUUUGUUUGUUUGUUGUUAUUUUGUUUAUAGCUACUUAAAAACCAGCACUUGGAAAGAAUGCAUAAAGUUUGAUCAACAAGCAAACUUUCUACAAAAAGCUACUAUCUAUCUAUGUCAAAGUAUUUUUGUUCCUAACAGAUGGGAAGCCUUACUUCAUAAAGAUGAACAUUUAUUUAAUUAGUAUUAGUUUCCCUGAUCACUCCUUAGGGCAGGCGGAGGUGGGGAGACGGGGGAGACGGGAGAGAUUUCAUCACCGGGAGAGAGAGAGGGCGGGAGGGAGUGAGUGCAGUUGUGUAGCAGCCUCAAACGAAGCCAUCAAAUGUGCCUGCUACAAACAGACUUAAACUAUUGGAUAUUCCUGCAACCUGUUCAGUGUACCUGUCUAACAGUGCUGACAAUUAGUUCGUACUAUACUCAUGCCUUUUGUAUAUUUAAAUUAUUGUACUUAUUUUGUAAAGUGACAAUUAGCAUGCUUCAGUCUCUGGUCUCCAUUAGUAACAGUGCAUUGAGUAGUACUGUACAAGUGUUGUGCUUAAUAGCAAAGACAUCUUAAAGACAUUUUGGCCUUUAUUAGGUUCCCUCGCUUACAAAGGGGGGGAGAAAGAAUAAACUAUAUUUUGUUAAUUCUAAUAAUAAUGUAAAAAAGUGUCAACUUCUUUAAUCCUGUUCUUCUGUAUGUUUGAGAGGUUUUAUUGCCGUUUAUGUAUAGUUCUGAAGUCUUUUGUAACAGAUUUCCUUGAGGCAGCUUUCUGUUUUAUAAUGCAGAAGACUUCUGUCAAGAUAAAUAAGCGUAUUGUUACCCUCACUCUGAUUUUUAAACCUUUCAAAGAGGUGUACCAAUGUCGAAAAAUGUUGGGGGGGAAAAAACAACAAAAUAAAUAAGAUCAUGAUUAUUAUUAAUAAUAAAGAAAUAUAAAUUUAGUCCAAAGUUGAUAUUUUACAAUUUCUUUAAAAAGUUACAUUUUCAUUCCAUCUGUAGAUUUGUUUUCUAUCUUGAUAAAAUGUUGGAUUUAUAUUUUACAAAGUGUAGGAGAAGAGAGGAUGUGAAUAGACCAAUCUAAGCUAACAGAUUGCAUGUAAAAAGCAACUUGUACUUGUGUUUUUGUUAAUAUUGCUCUUUUGUAGCCUUUGUACCUGUACAGAACGGCUGGCAGGGACAGUUACAGGCGGAGACCUGGCUGUGUGCACAAACAAUUGGACAGAAUUACGCUCUUGUAUUUAUGACUUUUCUCCUUUGUCAGUCACUUAUAAAUGCUGUACAUUUUAGCAUAAAAUAAAUGAUGAUUGACCAUG